GGCCGGGCCCGCGCCGUUCCGGGCCAUGUGAGGCGCGGGGCCGGGCCGCGGGGCCGCAGCGGCUGCGGGAUGGAGCGCAGGAAGGUCUUCGUGGCGCUCGACGUGCUGUGCCUGGCGGUCGCGUCUCUGCCCUUCAUCAUCCUCACUCUGGUGAACUCCCCCUACAAGCGAGGCUUCUACUGCAACGAUGACUCCAUCCGCUACCCCUACAAGGCCGACACCAUCACCCACGGCCUCAUGGCCGGGGUCACCAUCAGCUGCACUGUCAUCAUUAUCUCAUCAGGGGAGGCAUACCUGGUCUACACCGAGCGUCUCUACUCCAAAUCAGAGUACAACAAUUACCUGGCUGCCCUCUACAAGGUGGUUGGCACCUUUCUCUUCGGGGGAGCCAUCAGCCAGUCCCUGACUGACCUGGCCAAGUACAUGAUCGGCCGUCUGAGGCCAAACUUCCUGGCUGUGUGCAACCCUGACUGGUCCAAGGUGAACUGCUCCAUCUAUGUGCAGCUGGAGAACGUGUGCCAGGGGGAGAGCAGGAAUGUCACCGAGUCCAGAUUGUCCUUCUACUCGGGACACUCCUCCUUUGGGAUGUACUGCAUGAUGUUCCUGGCGCUGUACGUGCAGGCCCGCCUGGUGGGGAAAUGGGCCCGGCUGCUUCGUCCCACCAUCCAGUUCCUCCUCAUCGCCUUCGCCAUCUACGUGGGCUACACGCGGGUGUCCGACUACAAGCACCACUGGAGCGACGUGCUGGUGGGGCUGCUGCAGGGGGCUCUCAUUGCCGUCCUCAUUGUUCACUACGUCUCUGACUUCUUCAAGCAGCGUCUGCCCCGGCAGUGCGAGGAGAAGGACCCGGAGCGCAAACCCAGCCUGCCCCUAACCCUGACUGACCCUGACCACAAUCACUACAGCUACAGGGGAGCCCCGUGAGCCAGCCCUGCCCUUUGCCGUGCUCCUGGCUCUGGGCACAGCUGGCUCUGGGCACAGCUGGCUCUGGGCACAGCUGGCUCUGCCUUCACCAUU